AUGGGAGGAGGAGAUCCUAGUUGUAUUGCAGUCCAAAGUAAUGAGGACAACAAAGCUAUGGACAUAGAGCAUGAGGUUGCUGCUAACGAGGGACAGCAGGCUACUCGCAAGGGAAAAAAAUCUUAUGUUUGGACGCAUUUUAAACAGCUUCCAUUUAGCGAGACCAAUGGAGAGCACAAGGCCAAAUGCAAAAAUGGGACACUUCAUGGCUAUAUGCCUAAGGUUGGUGAAGAAGGUGAAGCCGGCAAAACUUUCAAAGUCAAUGGCUAUAGCCUGGAAGAUUGUAGGAAGGUAAUGGCUGAGUUAAUUAUCCUUGAUGAACACCCUUUUAAAGUCGUCGAAGGGAUUGGAUUUCGCAAAAUGAUUAAUCAAUUUGAGCCAAGAUUCACUGUACCAUCUAGGAUGACAAUGUCAAGAGAUUGCUUUCAGCUUUAUUUAGAUGAGAAGAAAAAACUUAAAGCUUGGUUGGCAAAGUCAUGUGCUCGAGUUUGUUUGACAUCAGAUUGUUGGACAUCAAAUCAAAAUCUUAGCUACAUGAGCCUAACUACACAUUUCGUUGAUGACAAAUGGAAGCUAUAA